AUGAAUAUUCUUGUUCUGCUCUGCAUGAUAUGGCAUGUCCAUGUGAAUGCCGAAAUAUCAUCUUCCUCUGAUCUUAAUUGCGAUUUCUCUUCCACGUGCCGUUGGAGGAAUUCAUCAGAUGUGGGUGGACAUUUUGAAACGACGUCUCUUCUGGAAGCAGAUGCACAAAACCGGAUCAUGCCAAUUGAUGAGAAUAAUCCCAAACCAUUUGCGUAUACUGCUGGAUUGAUGGGAAGGAUGAUGGCACUUCUUGUAUCCGAAGUGAUAACGUGUCAGUUGGGUGGUGCAAGUAUCAAGUAUUGGUAUUACAAGACGGGAUUUGAUUCACAGCUUGAAGUGUGUAUCCGACAACCACCAGGAAACAAGGAUUUAAGCCAGAUGAGAUGCUACGAUGGUGUCUCGACAUUCGGAAAACAAUGGAUUUUCCGUGCCGUUGAACUUCCUCCCAUCGCCCAACCAUUCGAGAUUGUGUUCAAAACGGUCUACUCUCCUCCCAGCUCUGUUAUUGCUUUGGACAACAUUGUUUUCGAAGCGACUCUCUGUGGAUACGGUCGUAAUCGACGUGAAAUCCGAAGAAUUGGAUACCACGACUGGCAGUCGUACCGUUCUUCGAAUCUAUACAAUGGGGAGUUGAUGUUGAUUGUUGCUCAAGAUGUGGCUGAUAAUUUAACUAGUACUACAACGUCUGAGCCAAUUGGGCUAGAAGCAAAGAUCUCGAUAUUGAGUACACAGCCUCCGACAACGACUACUACUACUACGACUACUACGACGACUACUACAUCUACAACUACUUCAACCACCGAAUUGCCCUCCACCACUACAUCUGAACCCACUACAUCAUCAGAAACUACUACUACAUCUUCUUCCCCAACAUCUUCUUCAGCAUCUCCCAACGUCACAAUAUCCAACGAGCAACAAUUUGCCAACUUUGUCAAUUUCCUCAAACAAACCGCUCCAGUUAUUCCAUACAUUCCAACUCUAGUUCGUUCUCUAACUGCUCUUGAUCCUCGAUCUUCUGAAAUCUCUCUGCCAUCUGGUCUUGGCCAAUCUCCACCUCCCGUGUAUCCUGUAGACGUUAGAAGAAGUCCAGUUGUUUCCUCUCACUUUUACAAUACAAACCAACCGACAUUGUUGCCAGACAGCAAUAAUCAAGACAAUCAGAAAACUCUGGUUGAUCUUGCCAAAAAGUUUGGCAUUUGGGAGGAGAACUCCCCUCCCUCGUCGACUAUUCCUCCGAUGCCAACUAGAAAUUUCGAAAACAAUAAGUUCGGAUUGCCCAACAAGUUCACAGAAGAAUCGAUAUACCCACCUAACCUACUGCAACAUAAGAAGAAAAUUACAAUGAAUCCGAUAAAGAAGAUUCCAACUCAACCUGCGCCAUCUGUUGAAAAUAUUGAAGAAUAUCAUAAGAGCUUGUUCAAAUUGAGCACAACGACUUCAUCACCAGUUGUUCAAUCUUCAACGGAACUCAUUAUUUUCAAACAACCAUCUUCUGGAGAAGCAGAAGUCGCUGAAAAAUUGGCAGACAUUGCAAAAUUAUUGCCAUCUGGAGCUGUACAAGAUUUAACAGCUCUACGAAACAUUCCCGAUUUGGAUGGCCUAACAAAAGGAAUGGAACUGUCGGAUAUACGAAAACCAGGCGGAUUUGGAAGAUUGAAGACACAAUUUAUGGAGAGAUUGAUGAGGAGAACUUGGGUUUCAACCCACAUUUAUACCUAUCUUAUCACACUAAUCCAAGAUCUACUAACAAUUCCAGAAUCCUCGAGUGGUGGUGCAUCGGAAGGAGCAGGUGGCACAUUUGAUGACGCUGGAAUCCCGGGAAGAACGCCUACACAGCUUCUAGAUUUCGAUGGGAAUGACGUGACGAUAAACCAAUUUGAGAGUGUAUCAGUUCCGGUUCCAACUCGGGCGGUUCAUUAUGGUGCACCAACUAGUCAGAAGAUUACAAACCCGAUUAAAGAUGAGAAGAGAAAGGGAAAUGAUUUGGGAGGUCCCCGAACUGGACCAAUGUUUGCAUCUAUAUGUGCAAAUGUGGAUUGCACUUUUGAUGAAAAUACACUUUGCAACUAUGUAACAAGUUCCACUAACGUGACUGCGGAGGAUGGAAGUUGCUUGAAGAAAUGGGCACUUUCCAAUAGAAGUGUACUCAACUCAUUGACAGGUAUUCCGUCGGAUAUAUCUAAAGGUGGCUACUUCUUAUACGCAGGUGGCACUGCCGCAACUCCAGGAGACACUUUCAUUCUUUCAUCAAACCAUCCAUUGAGCAUUUCUGAACCAGCCAGAGUUGAUUUCUUUGUUUAUCAAGCUGGUAUUCGAGGACAAUUUAGAGUGUGUAUAGAUGAUAACGAGGAUUGUCCAGUGGUUUUGGAGGGGAAAGAUAUCGACUCAAACGCUCAGAAAUGGCAAAAUUACUAUUUCGACAUCAAUCCAGGACAACAUGUGCUCCAUUUUGUUGUCGAAGGACUCCACAACAAUUAUGCGAUUGGAUUGGAUAAUAUUCAACUGUUGAACCGAUUCGGGACUAGUUCCUUGUCUUGUUAA